UGUAUAAAACACCCACAAGCAGCCUCAACCUCUACCCUUCAUCAUUCACACACCAGGUGGAACACAGGGAAGAUGGUGGUGAUGGGGCACCAACUAGAAAAGCUGGUGGGCAGCCUCAAGGCCAAGCUGAAGUCACUGAAGGGGAAGAAGCCUUAUGAUAAGAUGGGCAAGACGGAUAGCAUGAGGGUGGAGAUCAGAAGCAAGAGGGCUCAGAAGUUCAUAGCCAAGAACCUUAAGACGGCCGACUCCAUGGGCAAAAAAAGCUAUGCCUUUUAGUUCCAGCACUAGUGUGAUUUUCCUGUAAUGAACUUUCUCUCUCUCUGUCUCUUUCUCUCUCUCUAUAUAUAUAUAUAAUUUAGAUAUUCCCACCCACCAUGAUUAGUUUCUUGUUUCAUUGAGGUGAUGAUGAAGGGAUGGAAGCUGUUCUCGGCUUGUUUAUCUUA